AUGACAUCAUUGCAAGGAGCACUUGCAAAUGUGUCAGCUUCUACAGGCUUACUGCCUCACUCAUCACCUUAUGCGUCUGCACUGGCCCUACAAUCACCUUCUUGUGGAAUGACUAUGCCUCCUGGAGCAUACACGGGGCAACCAUUGGCAAUUAAUAUGCCAAUUUCCAGACCACAAGGAAUUGGUAGCUUUCGCAGCGAGGAAGCUGCUUUUGCCUCCUUAAACCCAAUUCAUCCGUCCAGUGGCAGAUAUCCAGGACUCAACGCCCCAAAUCCAUCUCCAUCAGCAGGAGGAAACCCAUUUGGAUAAUUGCACAAAUCCAAUUUUCUUGUUCCAGUUCAACAUUACGGUAUUCUGUUUUGGCCACCUACAAUUUUAGGAGAAGCAUGGUGCUGUCUGGUUGAAUACAGAUGAAACGAGCUAUUUGGAUUAAGCAC